UGAAGAUAUUUUGAAGAAUCAAGGCAAAUUAAUUUCCAUAACUGCUAAGUGCCAACGUAAAAUAGUGAAUCACAUGUGAUAUCAAAAAGUGCUUUGUCAAGUCGAAUCAAUGUAUACUGUACGGACACGAUGAAUAUGUUUUCUGGCAAAGAUGCCGCAAAUGCGGCAUAUCCCACGCAGUGGGCUUUGAAUCCUUCUGCUUAUCAAAACGUAGAUACAAAUUCUGUGGACUGGGCAGCUUUAGCGCAACAAUGGAUCGCUAUGAAGGAGGCGGCAGCCAUCGUCGGCGCGUCUCAGACGAAAGGCGAGGUGGAGGAGGGCGAAGCGCCCAUGGAGGUUGAGAACCCUGACACCAACAACGAUGUGCCAGUCGCUCCUACAGCAGACUGGAACUCUACCAACAACUGGGGAGGUGUAUGGAAUCAAUGGGGAUGGGGUUGGCCAGGUGCACAGCCAAUGGAUCCAAAAAUUGCAGCGGAUCCCUCCAUGGCGGUCCCACCCAUGAUAGAUGGAUUCCCAGCCGGUGAUAAUGCAGCUGCAAUGCCUGGGUACACAACCGGAAGUGCUCAGCAGCAACCUACAUUCCAACACGGCUACUGGACAGCACCACAAGGGGAAACGGCAACAAACAACAGAAGUACCAACCGCAGCAUUGACAGAAGAUCCAAAAGCAAAAACAGAGAUUCGAAAUCUUCUAGGCCAAGAAAUAAUAGAGAGAAACCACCACAAAUGAUCCCACCGGUAAUUGAGCCUAUAGUGAUGCCCACACCCGUAGUACCUCCCACCAUUGAUGCUGCUAAACGGAGACAGCUUCCAGCGUGGAUAAGAGAAGGCUUAGAAAAAAUGGAAAGAGAGAAACAGAGAGCCAUAGAACGGGAACAAGAAAAGAAAGCGAGAGAAGAAGCAGAACUGGAAAAGAAGAGAUUAGAAGAAGAAGAAUUAGAGAGAAUCAAACAAGCAGCAGCUUCAGGAGUACCAAUUAUCCCUGUGAAGAGUAAAUUUGAGACGGAUUCUGAAGGCGAGGAAUCGGGUAAGGAAGAUGUGAAAGAGGCAGUGCGUGACACCAUGGAACCAGAGAAGCCCGCACCGGAGCCCGAACACCCCACACUCGUCAAGAAGAGCAAGGAGGAGAUUAUGCAGGAAGUGAUGCUAGCGGUAAGGAGGUCACUGACAGAGAUACUUCUGGAAGUGACCGACCAGGAGAUACAUAUGGUGAGCCAGGAAGAGUUGGCCCGGUAUACCGCCGCACAAGCAUCGCGCCUCAACGCUAUGAAGGCGAGCAAGUCGAAGGCACUGGCUGCCAUCACCAGUGGGCUCGGACUUGGCGCGUACGAGAGCAGCGACAGCGAGGAGGAACCGGACCUCGACGAUCAACAGCUGCAGGAGAUCAUACGUCGGAAGAAAGCGGAGUUCGAGCGGACGUCGCGCGAGAUCGAGGCGGACGUGCGACGCGCCGAGCUCGAGGCCACGCCCCCUCACACGCCGGAGCGGCCGCGGACAAGAUCAUCGGUCACUCCACCACCGGUCGAUAGCGAGACUCCUGAAAAAAAACCGGAGCGUCGGAACUCCAAGGACAAGCGAUCGCACAAACCGACGGACAAAGUCGACGGCAGACAUCUCGAGACCAUUCCAGAGGAGAAACAUAAGAAGACAAAACACUCGGAGCGCGAAACCAGCACCCCGAGUCCACAGAGAACGGAAAAAAACAACAAGCAGAGCUCCACUAGCUCUUCCGACUCGGAGGAGGAUUCCCCCUCAAGCACCUCCUCAGAGAGCGAAGCGGAAAAAGUAGAGAUCGUCCGACCUAGCAAACGCAAACGUAGGAGCUCAAGCUCCACCGAGUCGCGAAAAAAAAAGAAACAGAAGAAGGACAAGAGAUCCAGCGACAAAUACAAGAAACACCACGACGACAAAUCCGACAAAUCCAAAUCUAGGAAACGCGAUGACAAACACAAGUCUAGAAGUAGGGACGUGAGGCAUAGGGAUAGACACGAUUCGGACGACGAUAGGCCGAAGAAGCGUUCGAAACGCUCGCGUUCCGUCAGCUACGAGUCGAGGUCGGGCAGGCGGAGGACACGGGACAGAUCCGAAGAUAGAUCGCAUAGGCGGGACAAACACGAUAGGGAAAGCUCGAAACGGGACAGGUCUUACGAUAGGUCUAGAGACUACGACAGAUACGAUAGGUAUGAGAGGUCUAGGGACCGGGAGAGGCGGCGGUCACGCAGCGGCAGCCAUCGGCACCGACGGAUUUUUGUCAUGCAAUUACACAUAAGAGGACAGUCAACUCACAUUCUUGAUGUCAAUGGAGAGGAAUCCAUUGGCCAGAUCAAGGACCGCAUUCGUGCCCUCUCAGACAUCGGCUCAGAGGAAUUAGUGCUGUCAGCGUGCGGUGCCCCUCUUGAAGAUGCUGUUUUGGUGUCGGAACUGCAGUCCACAGACCUAGACCUCACAGUGCCACUUCUUGGUGGUAAAGUGCACGGUUCUCUGGCUCGUGCCGGUAAGGUCAAGGGACAAACCCCAAAGGUAGAAAAGCAACAAAAGAAGAAGAAGAAGACUGGCCGUGCUAAGAGGAGGAUCCAGUACAACAGGAGAUUCGUUAAUGUUGUGCAGACCUUCGGCCGUCGUCGUGGACCCAACUCCAACUCGUAAACUUAUGUAAUUUUAAAUAAAAUGCAGAUUUAACAUCUAUUUGCAAA